UUGAGCUACUGCAGUUGCGAAGGGUAACGAGUCCAUUCGUGGUGGAUCAUGGGGGAGCAACACGAGAACGAGAAUGGGAGAACGGGAACAAAGAACCAGCAUCAGCAGAAGAAGAAGAAGAAGAAAAGCGAGUUCGAGUUCUGCAAAGCGUGCAACAUAAACCACGACCAAGGUCUCCGCCACAAGUACUUUCCUAAUCACAAGAAAUCCCUCUCCACCUUCCUCUCCCGCUUCCGCAAAAAACUCUCCGACGUUCGCUUCUUCCUCAACGCCCCAAUCCCUCUCAAUCCCCAACUCACUUCUCGCAAUCGCUUCUGGUGCGUCUUCUGCGACCAACACAUCGACGAACUCAACAGUUCCUUUGCCUGCGCUAACGCGAUUCGUCACCUCGCGAGUGCGGAACACGUGAAGAAUUUGAAGCAAUUCUUCUGGAAAUACGGUGGUGCCGCGGAUCAAUUGGACGCGUUUAUGGUUUCUGAAGAUGACGUGGAUAAGUGGGAGAAGAAGUGCACGGCUCGAAAGGAUGAAGCGAUUGAGGGAAGUCGCAGAACAGUGAUUGGUCCUUCGAGUGAUGAUAUCCAUAGUGGAAAUGUUGAUAGUUUUGAAAAAAAUGUUUAUUCCAAUUCUGUGAAAUCGUAUCCUUCAAAUGCUGUUUUGCCUUUACAAAGCUAUACAAAUGAGUAUCAGGUAUCUUGUUCAGGACUCUCCGGAGUUGCCACUGGUGCUACCUCUUCAGAAGUUUGCUCUGGUGCAAAUAAUUUUUCUUUGCAAGAUUUUGCAGUUGGACGUAGUAGCCUUUCUCUCCCUCAUGAUGGUAGACAACGGUCAAGUAAUGGUUACUCCUGUAAUAAAAAGGUGCGUGAAAAUGGAAGAAUGGUAAGCGGAGAGAGCAGUCAUCAGGGUGUACAAAUGGUCACUCAGAUAUCUACUGGAAGUGCUGGGGGAAAGGUUUUUUCUGAAGAACCUCCACCAUGGCUUGGAACAACUGAUGAAGUUCAGAUGCGUUCUUCAAACAAGUUAGGGAAGUCCAAAAAGUUGAAUUCAAAACGGGUUGGAGCAGCUUGGGUUGAAAAGAGGAAGAUUGAAAUGGAGAAGGAAAGGAGGGGGGAGUCUAUAAGGAAUGAGUGUGAUGCCAACUGGCUUCCUAAUUUUGGUAGAGUCUGGCAAUCUGGUAGCAGAAGAGAAUCCAGAAAAGAGUUUGAGAGGGAGAAACAGAAGUUAAAUGUUGAAACUCAAUCUGAGAUGGCAAUCAAGAUAAAGCCUUAUGUAAGCAAAAGAAUGCGGAUGGAUAGUGGAGGUGAUUAUGCAAGUGGGUGAAAUUUCUAGUAGCAAACAUGUUCUGGGAGUCAUCAGUAUAGUAGAUAAGAAUACCAGCAUCUUUUACAUUAGAGGGAGAAGACUGGACAAAAUUUACAAAAUGAUAUGUGGUGCAAUUAUAUUCAUGGUUGAAAAAAAAUACUGCAAUCAUUGUGCAGUGUUGAUGCACAACAAUAGAUCAGUAAAUAUGUACAUGCAUUAGCUAGAAUUGAGGGCUGUUAAUCUGCAUGAAUGACUGUGAUCAUAGGGAAACCAUUUUACUACAUUUUCAUAUUCUUAUGUGAUAUCAAUUCUUUUUAUGGUUGGUCUGUCUGAUUUUUGUGCAGUUAUUGGGUGCUUAUUGUCGCCAGGCAGCUUGCUUUUGAAUGUAGGGAUGGUUGUUAUCGAUACUCAGAUAGGCAUUGCCUAGCAGCAUGUUUCUCUUUUCCAUGGAAAAUUGGAAAUGGAACAAACUUAUCCAUAGUAUGUACAGAAUACUGAGAUUAUUCCUGCCAUUUAUAUUAGAGAAUCACUGCAAUGUCCUGAA